AUGGUCAUUCAAAAGCGUCAAAUCCUCUGGGACUGGACCAACACAGGUGGUGCAGGAAACCCCGGCAUCCCUGGCAAGAUCGACCAAGUCCCCUUUGGCGGCCAAAGCCCCGUUGCCUCCGUCGUGAACUGGAAUGUGUGGGUACCCCCUGAGCUCAAAGACAGGGCGCCUUUCAGGCCCAUGGUCCGCGGCCUCGAUAACACGAAGGGCAACGACUGGGCUAUCGUCCAGGACACCAAGUACCCCAUUAUCCUCUUCCUCAACGAGCCCGAGCGUGCCGGCAUCACUCCGGAGCAGGCCAGGGACAUCUGGUACAACCAGAUGCUGCCCCUGAGGAAGAACAAGGGGAAGAAGCUCGGCUCACCGGCUGUCGCCUCUUUUCAGGACGAAAAUGGUCGCAAGUGGCUCGAGAAGUUCAUGUCACUCGUGUCCAAGGAUAUGCCCGACUUUGUCUGCGUCCACUACUACUCCAAGAGCGCGGGCGAUGCCCAGAAAUACAUCCAGGACAUGCACAACAAGUGGCCCAAGCCCAAAGUCAUGGUCACCGAGAUCGCCUGCAUCGACCGCAGCUACCCGAACAUCGUGAACUUCACCGUCCAGAUCUGCAACUGGAUGGACAAGCAGGACUGGGUCGCCGAGUACGGCCUGUUCGACUUCCAGCGCAAGGUGGCGGACGGCUUCGUCAGCCCGGCCGCGCAGCUCAUGGACGCAAACGGCAACUUCACCGAGCUGGGCAAGAUGUACGUGCACCAGCAGCCCAUGACAGCCCCCGGAAAAGCUUCCAUCGCCACGAACACGCUCGUUGCGGCGGCGGAUGUCACCGGAGACCAGGACGUGCUUGCGGAAGCGAAAGACGGCGACGCGAAGACGGGCCAGCCACUAUCACACGACGCGAGCGAUGUCCACGUCGCUGAGGCUCCUGCGGAGGGCGAAAUCCAGGGGCUCGCGGCGUUCAGCAUAGCCGCAACCCUGGGGCCUGACCAGCAGAACGCCUUGAACGCCCACAAUCAGAAGCGCAAGGGCAAGGGCCUCCCGGCGCUUGCGUGGGACAGCCAACUUGCCAGCAACGCGGAGAGCUACGCCAAGCACCUUGCUCAGAUCGGCAAGCUCGAGCAUUCUGCUGGCGACCAGCGCCCGAACCAGGGCGAGAACCUCGCGUGGGCUUCCGCAUCGAGCACCCCUCUGGUCAUGUCUGCCAACAUGUGGCUCGCCGAAGAGAAGGACUACCAUGGGGAGCCAAUUGGGCAGGGCGACUUCGGGUCCUACGGCCACUACACUCAAUGCAUGUGGAAGUCUACCACCAAGCUGGGCAUGGGUUGGGCCAAGGAUUCCAAGGGUGGCGUCUAUAUCGUUGGGCGGUACUCGCCCCCUGGAAACUGGACGGGCCAGAAGCCUUACUGA